AUGUACGGAUACUGUCAUUCCUGUAUUUCUGCAAGUUCAAAGAACAAUGCGUGUACAUGCCCUUACGGCCGCGCUUAUCUUCCUUCUGAAGGAAUUCCAGCUACUGAUAAUGCCAAGAAAAUUGAGAGCACAUGCCAAUACUGCACAGAAUGUGAAACACAGGACGUGUUAGACCAACCAAUUAGUACUCCCGGAUACUCCUGCCCUUAUUGCCAGUGAGAAGUAAAUGAGGAUGAGCUGAUGGACCACUCUCACCACAGAUCAGAAAGGAGAGCAAUCCGUUGUCCAAUUUGUUGUUUAACACCUGGGAGAGGCCCAAGCUAUUUCAGCAGAAAUUUUGUAAGACAUCUUCAGCUCAGACAUACGCUCCAUUAUGAAGGCUACAGAGACAUAAACAUUGUUGAAGAAGUUCUUGUUGAAAGAGUUCUGGAUGGGUCAUUCUUAGAAUAUGAGCAUGUGAGUCACAUAACAACUACCGCAAGAGUGGAAGAACAUGUUCCAUAA